AGAGCCCCUUGGGAGCUGCUGGUUGCAGCAUCAAGGAGAAGGCGGGGGCUUGGAAGUGAUUUUGCAUUGAGAAGGAUUCAUGGAUGCUCUCAGUUCAUUGCUCUGCCUGCUGGGGAUAUCUGCUGCCUGCAUGGACAGGGGAUUAUGGUGGCACUAGAUAGCUGCUGUGCAAGGGCUCUCAUUAGUUCUCCAUUUAAUAAGGAAAUCCAGUCCCUGACAGGUUCCCUUGUGGUGGUGGAGGAGGAGGAGCUGCUGCUGCCUGCAGCUCUUGGGAAGAGGACACCCUGCCAGGAGAAGACCUUGUGUCACCCUCCUUCUUCUUCUUCAUCCUGCUGACUCCUCUGCACAUAGAGUUAUCAUGGCGGACAGGACACCUCCAGGGGGCCAGCUUCGAUUGGAGUGGGUGUAUGGGUACAGGGGCCACCAAUGCAGGAACAACCUGUACUACACAGCCGGCAAGGAAGUGGUCUAUUUUGUGGCUGGGGUUGGGGUGGUCUACAACACUAGGGAGCACAGCCAGAGGUUCUUCAUGGGCCACAAUGAUGAUAUCAUCAGCCUUGCUCUCCAUCCAGAAAGAACGCUGGUUGCCACAGGACAGGUGGGAAAAGAUCCUUAUAUCUGCAUAUGGGAUUCAUACACCGUUCAAACCGUGUCCAUUCUGAAAGAUGUGCACACACAUGGAGUAGCUGGCUUGGCGUUCGAUUCCGAUGGACAGCGCCUGGCUUCUGUCGGACUGGAUGCCAAAAACACAUUUUGUAUUUGGGACUGGCAGAAAGGGAAAGUUCUUGCAACAGCCACUGGCCAUUCUGACCGGAUAUUUGAUAUUGCUUGGGAUCCGUAUCAGCCAAACAGAUUGGUCAGCUGUGGGGUAAAACAUAUAAAGUUCUGGACUUUAUGUGGAAAUGCUCUCACAGCAAAAAGAGGGAUAUUUGGGAAAACUGGUGAUCUACAAACCAUCCUGUGCUUAGCGUGUGCAAAAGAGGACAUCACAUACUCAGGCGCUCUAAAUGGAGACAUCUAUGUAUGGAAAGGGUUAACAUUAAUUCGCACCAUCCAAGGAGCGCACAGUGCAGGGAUCUUUAGCAUGUACGCUUGUGAAGAAGGCUUUGCGACUGGCGGAAGAGAUGGCUGUAUCCGACUGUGGGACGCAGACUAUAAACCAAUAACUAAAAUUGAUCUCAGACAGAGUGAUCAGGGUUAUAAAGGUUUGUCUAUCCGUAGUGUGUGCUGGAAAGCAGACAGGUUAUUAGCGGGCACUCAAGACAGCGAGAUAUUUGAAGUAAUGGUGAGAGAAAGAGAUAAGCCAAUGCUGAUAAUGCAAGGCCAUUGUGAAGGGGAGCUCUGGGCACUCGCUGUGCACCCUAAAAAACCCUUGGCUGUCACUGCAAGUGAUGAUCGUUCUGUAAGAUUAUGGAGUCUUGCAGAUCAUGCACUGAUUGCUCGCUGUAAUAUGGAGGAAGCAGUACGUAGUGUGGCUUUCAGUCCAGACGGGGCCCAGUUGGGGCUUGGGAUGAAGGAUGGUUCCUUCACUGUGCUCAGGGUCAGAGAUAUGACAGAGGUGGUUCAUAUCAAGGACAGGAAAGAAGUGAUCCAUGAAAUGAAGUUCUCACCAGAUGGAUCAUAUCUUGCCGUGGGCUCCAAUGAUGGCAUGGUGGAUGUCUACUCAGUAGCUCAGAGAUACAAAAAAAUCGGGGAGUGCAAUAAGUCUUCCAGCUUUAUAACUCACCUCGACUGGUCUGUGGACAGUAAAUACUUACAAACCAAUGAUGGGGCUGGAGAAAGACUAUUCUACAAAAUGCCAUCUGGUAAACAUCUUACAAGCAAGGAUGAGAUCAAAACGGUUCAUUGGUUUUCAUGGACUUGCGUGGUUGGACCAGAGGUGGAUGGAAUAUGGCCAAAAUACACCGAUAUUACGGAUAUCAACUCAGUGGAUGCCAAUUACAAUAGCUCUGCAUUGGUGACGGGAGAUGACUUUGGACUAGUUAAAUUAUUCAGGUUUCCAAGUUUGAAAAAAGGAGCAAAAUUUCGUAAAUAUGUUGGUCAUUCAGCACAUGUAACCAAUGUUCGCUGGUCACAUGACUUCCAAUGGAUUUUGAGCACUGGUGGAGCUGAUCACUCGGUUUUCCAGUGGAGGUUUAUUCCUGAAGGAAUCACAAAUGGCCUCAUAGAAACCGCACCACAAGAAGCCAUCGUUGAUUCCUGCAGUGAAGAAUCCGAUUCUGAUCUGUCUGACGUGCCCGAACUAGACUCAGACAUUGAGCAGGAGACUCAAAUUAAUUACGACCGCCAGGUUUACAAAGAAGAUCUACCUCAGCUAAAACAGCAAAAUAAAGAGAAUAACUCAUUGCCUUCCCUAAAAAGAGAGAAAGCACCAGAGGAAAGCCUGAAGCUGAAAUUUGUGCAUGGCUACAGAGGCUAUGACUGCAGAAACAACUUGUUCUACACUCAGACCGGAGAGGUGGUUUAUCAUGUGGCCGCUGUUGCUGUGGUUUACAAUAGGGUGCAGCACUCACAACGGUUCUACCUUGGUCAUGAUGAUGACAUUCUAAGUCUGGCCAUUCAUCCUGUGAAAGAUUAUGUAGCUACUGGUCAGGUUGGAAGAGAUGCAGCUAUUCACAUAUGGGACACGCAGACGUUCAAAUGCUUAUCAUUACUGAAAGGCCAGCAUCAGCGAGGAGUCAGUGCGCUGGACUUUUCAGCUGAUGGUAAAUGUUUAGUGUCUGUUGGCUUGGAUGAUAAUCAUACCAUCGUCUUCUGGGACUGGAAAAAAGGAGAAAAAAUAUCAACUACGCGAGGGCAUAAGGAUAAAAUAUUUGUGGUGAAAUGUAACCCCCAUCACUUGGAUAAGCUGGUCACCGUUGGAAUGAAGCACAUCAAAUUUUGGCAGCAAACAGGGGGUGGAUUCACAGCAAAGCGAGGUAAUUUCGGUAUUGUUGGAAAACUGGAGACCAUGAUGUGUGUUUCGUACGGACGUGCAGAAGACUUGGCCUUCUCCGGAGCGGCAACUGGAGAUAUUUAUGUCUGGAAGGAUGUUGUUUUGCUAAAAACUAUCAAAGCUCAUGAUGGGCCUGUUUUUGCCAUGUACGCAUUGGAUAAGGGCUUUGUAACAGGUGGCAAAGAUGGAGUGGUGGCACUUUGGGAUGAUAUGUUUGAAAGGUGCCUUAAGACGUACGCCAUCAAGAGAACAGCUCUCUCUCCAGGUUCAAAAGGUCUACUUUUAGAAGAUAAUCCUUCCAUUCGUGCUAUCACUUUGGGGCAUGGGCACAUUUUGGUGGGGACGAAAAACGGAGAGGUACUGGAAAUAGACAAGAGUGGCCCAAUCACACUCCUGGUGCAGGGACAUAUGGAAGGAGAAGUCUGGGGUCUUGCUCCACACCCUCUGCUGCCUUUAUGUGCCACAGUGAGUGACGAUAAAACGCUCCGGAUCUGGGAUCUCUCUUCCCAUCACCGCAUGUUGGCUGUACGCAAACUCAGAAAGGGUGGACGAUGCUGUGCCUUUUCUCCCGAUGGGAAAGCCUUAGCAGUAGGCCUGAAUGAUGGUAGCUUUUUAGUGGUAAAUGCUGACACCCUUGAGGAUAUGGUGUCUUUUCAUCACCGCAAAGAAAUGAUCGCGGACAUAAAAUUUUCACCAGAUGCUGGAAAAUACAUGGCGGUGGCUUCCCAUGAUAACUUUGUAGACAUUUAUAAUGUGUUAAGCAGUAAGCGUGUUGGGAUUUGUAAAGGGGCAUCAAGUUACAUCACCCACAUUGACUGGGACUCUAGAGGGAAACUGCUGCAAGUUAACUCCGGUGCCAGAGAACAGUUAUUCUUUGAAGCUCCUAGAGGGAAAAGAUACGUUAUUAAACCAACAGAGAUGGAGAGGAUAGAGUGGAACUCAUGGACCUGUGUUCUUGGCCCUACUUGCGAAGGAAUCUGGCCUGCACAUAGCGAUGUGACUGAUGUCAACGCUGCCUCUCUUACUAAAGACAGGAGAGCUCUGGCUACUGGAGAUGAUUUUGGAUUUGUAAAACUGUUUUCCUACCCAGUAAAGGGCCAUGAUGCAAAAUUCAAGAAGUACGUUGGUCACAGUGCGCAUGUGACCAAUGUUCGAUGGUUGUAUGAUGACUCCACUCUCCUCACCGUUGGUGGGGCAGACACGGCUUUGAUGACCUGGACACGAGAGGCUUUCGGCAGUUUGGACAGUAAACCUGUAGACAGUGAAGAGUCAGACACAGAUGCUGAAGAAGACGGAGGUUAUGACAGUGAUGUUGCAAGAGAAAAGGCUAUUGAUUACACCACUAAAAUCUACGCGGUGAGCAUCAGAGAAAUGGAAGGAAUCAAACCUCAUCAGCAGCUGAAAGAAGCAUCUGUGGAGGAAAGGUUCAGAUACCAAUGUAACCUGCCAAAAUCAGGUGAUAAUUUUGCUGUUUGCCAGUAUUUUGACCCCUGCUCAUCUCUAAUCUCUAUGAUCAUGCAAUUUCUGAAAAGGCAGGGAAUUGUCAAGGGAUCAAGGCCGUCGGUUAGCAGAGCUGCUCCUCAACCGGAAAAGCUGCAAAAAAAUAACAUCACAAAGAAGAAGAAAGUGGUUGAGGACCUCUCAUUGGACCAUGUGUUUGGGUACCGAGGAUUUGAUUGCCGUGACAACCUACAUUACCUAAACGAUGGAACUGAUGUUGUUUUUCACACGGCUGCUGCGGGCAUUGUUCAAAACCUUUCUACAGGAAGCCAGAGUUUCUAUUUGGAGCACACGGAUGACAUCCUUUGCCUGACUGUGAAUCAGCAUCCAAAGUAUAAGAAUGUUGUUGCAACGGGGCAAAUUGGGGAAGUUGCAGAGUACUCAGGGGCCACACCUUCUAUUCACCUAUGGGACGCCAUGAGUAAACAGACCCUGUCUAUUCUGAGAUGCUUCCACGCCAAAGGGAUUGGUUACGUUAAUUUUAGCGCCACCGGGAAACUUCUCUUAUCGGUUGGAGUUGAUCCAGAGCACACUAUAACAGUGUGGAGGUGGCAGGAAGGUGCCAAGCUUGCCAGUAAAGGAAGCCACGUGGAGAGGAUAUUCGUGGCAGAGUUCCGUCCAGAUUCAGACACACAGUUUGUAUCUGUAGGCGUUAAGCACAUCAAGUUCUGGACAGUAGCCGGGAGCGCCUUACUUUAUAAAAAGGGAAUUGUUGGAUCUGUGGACAAUGCCAAAAUGCAAACCAUGCUUUCUAUUGCCUUUGGUGCUAAUAGCCUCACUUUCACCGGUGCCAUAAACGGGGACGUAUAUGUCUGGAAAGAGCACUUUCUAAUCCGACUGGUGGCAAAAGCUCAUACUGGCCCUGUGUUUACCAUGUACACAACCCUUCGCGAUGGUCUCAUCGUAACUGGAGGGAAAGAGAGACCAACUAAAGAGGGUGGUGCAGUGAAAUUAUGGGAUCAGGAGAUGAAACGGUGCAGAGCAUUUCAGCUUGAAACAGGCCAGACACUGGAUUGUGUGCGCUCGGUCUGCAGGGGGAAGGGCAAAGUUUUAGUGGGAACCAAAAAUGGUGAAAUUAUUGAGGUGGGAGAAAAGAAUGCUGCUUCUAAUAUCAUUAUGAAUGGUCACUUAGAAGGUGAAAUCUGGGGAUUAGCAACUCAUCCCUCCAAAGACAUCUUCCUUACUGCGAGCAAUGAUGGGACUGCACGAAUAUGGGACCUCAAUGAUAAGAAGCUGCUGAACACAGUGAGUUUAGGCUUUGCUGCGUGCUGUGCAUCGUACAGUUCCAACGGGGAGAUGGUCACCAUUGGAAUGAGGAAUGGAGAGUUUGUGAUCCUACUUGUAAACUCUCUGAAAGUAUGGGGCAAAAAGCGAGACCGCAAGGGAGCCAUUCAGGACAUCAGGAUAAGUCCCGAUAACAAAUAUUUGGCUGUUGGUUCUGCAGAAAAUACUGUUGAUUUUUAUGAUAUUACACAAGGCCCGUCUUUAAACAGAAUUGGUUACUGCAAAGACAUCCCAAGCUUUGUCAUCCAAAUGGAUUUUUCUGCUGACAGCCAGUAUAUUCAGGUAGCCACAGGUGCUUACAAGAAACAGGUACACGAGGUACCAUCAGGGAAGCAGAUAACAGAUGGUUCACUAGUAGAAAGGAUUACGUGGGCCUCGUGGACAAGCAUUCUCGGAGACGAGGUCAUUGGAAUCUGGCCACGCAAUGCAGAGAAAGCCGAUGUUAACUGUGCCUGUGUGUCCCACGCUGGGCUGAAUGUGGUCACCGGGGAUGAUUUUGGCCUAGUUAAACUCUUUGACUUCCCUUGCACUGAGAAGUUUGCCAAACACAAGCGCUACUUUGGUCAUUCGGCACAUGUGACCAAUGUGCGGUUCUCACAUGAUGACAAGUAUGUCAUAAGCACCGGAGGAGAUGACUGCAGUGUCUUUGUCUGGAGAUGUCUUUAAAAAACAAAACAAAAAAAGACAGCUGGAACUGAAAUCUCCAAACACGAUGGAGUCUCCCAGAACUUUUCAGAUGUCUACAAUUCUUUCUAACAGGCUACGUAAUUUAUAGAUGAGAUAACGUUGCAAACCGCUGGUAAACACUUGGCACAGCAACUGUCGUGGACUAUGUUUCCCACAAUGCUCAAUGUCGGUGCAAAAUGUUAACCAUCAUUGGUCUAGCAGAUACAAUUAAUAAUGUUCCAUGUGAAUCAGAAAUAUCUGACACUGUGUCAUCUCAGUUUCUAAUGCCAUUAAUUAUAUCAUGCAUAUCAGUUUGAUCUUGUAUAAUGUC